GCAACGAAAACUAAUCACAACAAAUGGAGUAAGUGUACGCAUUUAAAACAAUCUAUAACUAAGCCCAAUUUACAUAAGAUCGAGCAAGAUAGAGCUGCAAAAAAACUACAACCAUAAUAAACGAUCAACGAAACGAAACUAAAAUCAAAAUAAGAAAGAGAAAUAAACGGACAAGUGCGAUGAACUCGAAAUACACUAACAAAAUAGCAUUUUAUCAGUAGCUGUAGAAAUUCACAAAAUUUCUUCGUUCGCUUCUGACAAGAAAGUCGUCGACUAAUCAGUCUCAUAAAUAAUUUACACGAUUCAGAUGCAGCAUUCUGAUUAUACCAAAACAAUUGACAAUUUCUACAGCAUUUACUCUUUGGCUAGAGUAUAUAAAAAGCAGUGCAGAGUUGCGUGCGCCGUCGCAUUGGGCAGCGAGUUUUCAUCGCAGCAAAAAACAAAGUCAAGCAUAAAGUAUUCGCGUCUGCGCCGCCAAGGUAAAGUCAAGGCAACAGGUGGCGGGAAUCGUUGCAACAAGCAGCAAACAGCAACCAGCUACUGCAACAGCAGCAACAUCGACUGCCGCGGCAGCAGCGCGAUUCUUGUGGCUGCAACUUUGUGGCUGCCACAAUUUUCAUUGCAUUCGGCGCAUUCGAAGCGCAUCGCGCAAAUGGGAAACACGUCAACAACAGCACUCGCCUUGAAACUUAAAAGGAUAAAUAAUUGCAGACGAAACGUGCAGCAAAUAAUUACAAAAUUGCAUCAGAAAAAGUUUAAUUAAAUCAUGCCAAAAAUUAUACAAAUAAUUAUCGAUUAACAGAGUGUGGAAGUGAAGUGGCAAAGAAAUAAAUGUGGCCUAAAUAAACAGUAUAAAUAUAUGCAUAUGGAAUUAAAUUGAAUAAAAAUAAAAAUAUGCAAAAAUGAUCAAUGAAUAAUUGAUAUUAAUAAAAUAUAACAAGUUUACCAAAGUGCAAUCAAUUUAUUUGUAUAUAUUACAAAAAAAAUACAAAUGUAUGCGAGUAAAAGAAAAGCGCAUGCAAAGCCUGAAUAAACAUUAAUAAUAAUAACAAAAAUAUUAAAGUGAGAAUGUGUAAAUUAAAGUAACUCUACAACCACUUUAAAACUACAAAAAUAAUUAAGAACUCAUAUGUAGUAACCGCAAUUAACAGCACUUAGUUCAAGAGUGAAAAUCAAAUUGAACUAAAGAUGAAAUUUGUAAUUGCUAUCUGCCUUCUUUUAACGCUAAUUGCCAAAGAUGCACAAAGUUUGCUGCUAAACCAAAUGGAUUGGAAAAAUCUGAUGAGAAGCGGCGCAUUGGAUUUGAAUGUUUUGCGUUGUUUUUUGCGCGACAAAAACUUUUGCCCCAGUCCCUAUAUCGAACAUCGUCUCUUUGCACCCACUGGGCCACGUAGCGGACUCCCGUUGAACAUCCACAAUCCGUUGACAUUGUACAAGGGCGGAUUUGGGAAACAGCGCGAAACGGUUUUCAUAGUGCAUGGCUUUAAUGGCACGGCGACUGACAAGCAUCUGCAGUUUCUGAGGGACGCAUAUUUGAUGCGCGACUUUAAUGUGAUCACUGUGGAUUGGCGACCUCUUACACGAUAUCCUUGUUAUCUCCACUCUCUAAUCAACACGCGACUAACUGCUCAGUGCACAGCCCAAGUAUAUUCGUUUCUCACGCAUUAUGGCGCCACGCGUGAGAAGAUCACAUGUGUGGGGCACUCUUUGGGCGCCCACAUCUGUGGCAUGAUUAGCAAUCAUCUGACCAAGAAGCAAUAUCGCAUUAUCGGCUUGGACCCUGCGCGACCUCUUAUUGAGCGAAAGAAGAGUGAUCGAUUUCGUUUAUCGAUAGACGACGCGACUGUUAUACAGGUGCUCCACACAAAUGCGGGCUUCUUGGGGCAAGAGGACAAUACGGGGCAUCUCAAUUACUGUGUUAAUGGAGGACGCGUGCAGCCCUUCUGCAAGGGCAAUCCAAUUAGGCGAUCUCGGUGCUCGCAUUUUCUGAGCAUUUGCUAUUUGGCCACGGCGACCAUGAAGCACACCAAAUUUAUGGGCGUGCCGUGUCCCAAUGGUUGCGUAAAUCUUUCGGGGCCAAAACGUUUGCCCGUUAAUGGUCGCAUUAAUCCAUUUGAGUUUGUUUCGCUGUUGCGAGAUUAUAAAAUAGGCAACGACGCGCCCGACGACGCGCGCGGCUGUAUUUGCAUUGAUGUGCCGUAUGCCAAACACUGUCCAUUCACAGAUGCGUAGAAGUAUACAUAAGUUGUAGUUGUAAUUAUUAGUUUAAGAUUUUUAAUAAUAAACUUUAGCGCGUAAACAAAAUUUCCACUU